GGAGGCUGCCGGGCCGGGUGCUUCUGUCUCUUGCUCUGCUCUCGAAAUCUGGUUAAGGGUUUUAAUAAUUUACCUUUAAUUCUUUUGCUUCCCUAGGCUGACACUGAGGAAGAAAAAGAUGUCAUUAAAACCAUUUACAUAUAUGUUGCCUGAAACAAGGUUUCUUCAUGCAGGCAGACUUGUGUAUAAGUUUAAAAUCCGUUAUGGUAGCUUCAAAAGUGCUUCUGAACUAGAUAACGCUGAAAGUGCUGUCAAGGAGUUAGAGGAAGCAAUUCGAGUAAUCCUUGGAAAUCUUGACGAUUUACAUCCAUUUUCUACAGACCACUUCACUGUCUUUCCCUAUUUGCAUAAGUGGGAGAGAGUAUCAAAAAUGAGAUUCAAACACAAAAAUGUACAUCUUUCGCCUUAUCCCUACAUUUGCACCAUGUAUCUAGAACUCAACUCAUUUCAGCAACAUUUAUCUUUUGGUAAAGAAGUAAACAACGACAGUUAUGAACUUGUCAAGAGAAGAAAUGAGAUGUCAGAAAGUACUGAAAUGGAAGAAACAGUGAAGAGGAGAAGAGUUGAAGGUCAAGCAGAGACUUCAUACCCAAAAUCAUGUAUCAACAGACCUGGAGCUGAGAGCGUUCACCAUAUAAUUAAAGCAAAGCAUGAAUUUGAAAUGAAUUAUUCCAAAGAAAUUCAGUGUGAGCAUAGUCCAGCAUCCCUUACGAUGGGCUGUAACCAAGAGAGUUUAUGGGAACCUGUGGAAUAUAAUGUGGAACAAAGUGCAGAAACCAGUCAGGCUGAAGGUGGAAUGCAGCUACUGCAGCAGCUGGACCACAUCAGAAACAACAGAAUUGUGCAGUCAAAAGGAAGAGGUCUCUCAAAGUUCUGGAGAAGCAUAUUCUUUUCUCCACUACAGCAUAUUUUUGGUGGAAAGAACUGAACGUGAAGUAUUAAUUGUUGUUGAAAGGUUAAACUUCUACUGAGAAUGUCAGGUUGUAUUGUUUCUUUUGUAAUUCAGCUUUUCACAUUCCUUGUCUCAGCUAUUAAAUGCCUUAAAUUAAGUUAUCCUUUGUUUACAUUUUAAAAUCAGUGUACUGAGGAUGUUGGGUUAGAAGUAGUAUGUCUUCACAUCCUAUAGUUUUUGGAAAAAGCUUUAAAGUUUUGAUGUUUAAGCGUGAGAAGAUUACAUGAUCUAC